CGAGCCACAGGAUGGCAUCGGCUGCUCCCCCCGCAGAUGCAGCACCCGGCCGGCGGAAUCCAGAGAUGCUUGAAUCGGGCUGCCGAGUGAUCAUCACCCCGGCCGGGCGCGCCCACCUUGUUUUCGAUGCGCCACAUCCGGCUACCCCACUACCGUGCAAUCCCAACGCGUACGGGCCACAUGCAAGUUGUCAGUCCUCUACGAUGUCCUGCCGACAAGCUAUUGUUCAAGUUCGCGCAUCGUUCCCUGGAUGAUGUCCUCGCGCUCCCAUGCCACCCCAGGAUUCGACUUGCCCGCCAACUCCACGCCGUCGAACAGAACCCACAUGCGACCUGACAGAGAAACUGAUAUCGCCAGCCACGAUCGCGACGCGCCGUCCCCCUCGGCGCUCCGCCACUGUGCAUAUAUGCACAGCGACACCCCAAACCCGCUCGCCGCUCGAUGUUUCGCAGCGUCGCCGGCCCUGGCCCUGGGGCCUGCACUGACAGUGAUACACGCCGAUCGCCCUCCUUCCGGAUGCUCCUCGCCAGAUCCAGCAGGACGACCACCCCGCACGCCCGAGCGUCUCCGGGUGCACUGGCAGCCCGACCUGGAGGUAAUAGGCCGCAUUUGUUCUGGGUGCAUUCGUGCUAUCUGCGUCUUCGCGCCUUCCGGAUGCGGGUUCGGGUUCGGGGACCCUAUCACUCGCUUCUCGUUCGCCUUCUCACCUUCACCGUCUUUUGCCACUGUGUCUUCUUGUCCUCGCCCAUCGCACCCGGGCUUCGCCCACCCAAGAUCCAGGCUUCUUCCGCGCGCGCAAUCAAGCCUGUUCGGACGGUCUUCCUCCUGGUGCCUGAUGCGUCUGUGUCCACGCUCGCUCGCGCUGGUGCUCUACAUCUACGGGAUUGCCGCGCGUGUCUCUUGAAGCUCCCUGGUAGUACGAACGAGUAGCACCAGCCUCGCCGUUGCCAGCACCGGUGGCCACCGCUCGUCGUUGGACGCACGG